UCAAGAUAUUAUUUAACAUAUGCAUAGCUUAAAAGCCUAUGGAUUGGGAGGUAGUAGUAUAAGAGUAUAGGAGUAGCAAUAAUAACCCGGGCGAAGAAAUGUGGCGACGUUCUUGUCGGGACAAGGACAAGGGAAGAGGUUAGCUUCCAUCCAUGGCAGAGUACGAAAGGAGCAUCCAGCACCAGUCGAAAGAAACAGCCUUCCAGGCCCUGAACACCAUAAUCCAGCUCCACUUCGAGAAAACCCUGGAGAAGAAGCGUGCCAUCGACCUCCAGAAGAAGGAGCUCUACAAGCUCUUCCAGAUAUUCUUCAUCUUCCUGGGCCUCGUCUUCCUGGUCCUGGCCCAGUCCCCCCGCCUCCAAUGCCGCCACUGCUGGAUCCCCAUCACCCUCCUCUCCAUCGCCCACCUCAUCUUCUACGUCUCCGUCGCCCAAACCCUAAGGUGCAUCAACGCCUUCAAGUACCAGCGCCGCUGCCACAAGCUCACCCUCGGCUUGGCCACCGAGAAACUCAGGGACAUCAAGAUCAGAAUCGCCGCCGCCUCCGCCGCCGAUGCCGACUACGAUUCCGUUGUUGCCGACGACGAGUUCGAGAUUCACUACCAGGAACCCCCUGAGACCUAUUUCGGAAAGUUUAAGAGGAAUUGGGCUCUGCAUUUUGGCUUCUUGAUCUUGAUCUACGCUUUUAUGAUCUCUUCCUCUGUCGUUCUUCUUUGCUUUUAAUUUCCACUUCAGUGUUAGUUCUGGAAUCAAAUCCAUUCUCUUAUCAUUCGUUCUGUGCAUUUUUUAUUUAUUUUAGCAUUAACAGUCAUUUACCGAGAAACGGUUAGAUCCGUAGAUUGCUAUGGCCAGUCAAAAGGUCUAUAUUGCUUUAUAGUAAGUAGCCUAUGGUUAUGAGUAUAUUCUAUUCUCUAUCAAGUGUUUGAAAUGUCAAUCGUCGAAUUCGAAUCCA